GUCCCAAAAUGGACGCCGACAUGGCCAUAAAAAUAAAUCCCAAAAUGGAAGUUCGUAAGUUACAAAGAGUCGCUCAUGCCCACAACCUUGCCCCUUGUGGUCCAGCGCCUAAAGAUACGUCGCCGCUACCCUCAUCUUGCACAAUCCGCACCUCAAAUGGAGCCGAAUCCCCACAGAAACCCCUCCACCACGUUCGCCUCGAUGGAAGAACGUUGGAAGGAGGCGGGCAACUCGUCCGGAUCGCUCUGGGACUAUCGGCAUUGACGGGCCGAGCAGUGACGGUAGAUCACGUCCGCGGCAACCGUGGAGGCAAGACGGGCCUCAAAGCGUCACAUGCGGCAGCAGUCAAAUUGCUGGCCGAGAUUAGUGGCAGCCAUGUCUCGGAUGGAAAUGUGGGAUCAAAGUGUUUGACAUUCACACCACCACAAGCUUGUGUGGAAGAGGACGAGCAAUCACCAGACGCGACUCGUCAGCCUCAAGAUAUACCGCUAGUAUCGUUGAAUACUCUGUCUGUCAAGCCAGAGUACAACAUUCGCUUGACAACUCCGGGGUCUGUCUUUCUCAUUUUCCAGGCACUGUACCCGUACUUGUUGCAUGUUGGAUUACGCGCGAUGACGGAGUGCAUCAGAGUGAACAUCGUCGGCGGCACGAACGGGACCAGUUCCCCUUCCUAUGACUAUGCUGCCCAGGUAAUGGCGCCGAAUUUUGUUCGACUGGGUCUUCCUUCGUUCUCGAUGACUUUGCAGAGUCGUGGCUGGACAUCUGGGGUCGUGGGAAUGGGUGAAGUGAGCUUCUUCAUUCGUCCUUUGCCAGAGCUCACAGAUGGCCUCGCGAGUGAGAAAUCGAAACAGUCCGUAGGAGUAGGAGCCGCAUGCGCAUCUCGCUUUCCACGGAUCAAAAUCAUGGACUAUGAAUGUGGGAAGAUCACUCGCAUUACCAUUACUGUCCUCGCACCCAAUGAUGCUCUUCAAAAAGCCAAAGAGAAUGGAAGCCCUUUUACAGUGGCCGAAUACGUUGAGCAAGAGACUCUUCGUAGGCUACGCAAGUCUUUGAAGACUCUCGAUCAGACAAUUCUCGCCGAGCCCUUAAAUGGAGAGCGUCAUAUACCCAUCGACAUGUCUCCGACGGAAUUCACAUCUCAUCCCAGCCGACUAUACAUUCUGCUCGUUGCCCAUACUUCCACGGGAUUUCGAAUUGGCCAUGAUGCCUUGUUCGGUGAUCACCGGGGACGUAAGCACACAAAGCAAAAAGUUGGCAAGCACCAAAAAUACAAGAAAGGACAGGGACCACCUCCUAAGAAGAAGGACUCGGAAGCACAUCUACAACGAGUCUCCGACAUGAUUGAUGAAUGCGUGCAGGGAUUCAUCGACGAAUUGUCCGAAACACAUGAUGAUACGCAGACUUACCAAAUAGAUGGAUCGACUGGAUCCACACCGGCCAAGCGGUCCUGCCUAGACUCUCAUAUGAGAGACCAAAUUGUGGUGUUUGAGGCUCUUGGGAAUCUUGGAGAUAAAGUGGGUAUUGCUAGAAGCGAGGUGGCUCAGCCCCCCGAGGCCGAGCGAUAUUGGACUCUGCAUACCAAGACGGCCCAGUGGGUGUGUCAGAAGAUGUUGCAGGACGUUGCCAAUAAUUCAACACGGACCCGGCAAUUUAAAGAAAGGCCCAAUUAUCUAUAGUGAUACAUGUGAUAAUAAAUGGGAGAGGAGUGACAAGCCACCCAAUCAGACUGCUUCAAUGACUUCCCGUAUUGUGAACCCUGCAAGCGAGCAAUAUAUCCGUUGUUCAUUUAAUCUAUCAACUACACAGAAUCCGGUCACAUCCUUCAAGUCACCAAUCAUCCAAUGCUGAUCACACAACUAAAUAAAAUCG